GGAAAAAAAACAAAAAAUCAGUUCCAUAUGUCAGAUGGUGUAAAGAUGCAAAAGUUUAGGGUUUUUGCAUGUGAGAGGAGAGCAGCUAUCUUCUCAUCACAUAAAGUUCAAAAUUGGAAAAACUGAACUUUAUUUGUUGAGUUUUUUUUUAAAGAUGGAUUGGUGAAGAUCUUUAUCGAUCUGUAAGUUUCUCAGCAGCAGGGUGACACCAUGCAGUCCCCAUAAAAGGCCCCGCACCAGCAACAAGUUAUCAGCAGGGACAGGAAGGCCUCACAUCAAACUCAAACUCAUAACUGUCAAACCACUAUGAUGAAAUCAGGCUGAGAGAAAACACAGAAAACGGAUGUAACAUUUAAAUGUUUCCCUCUGUGUGAUGAGAGAAGUACGGCUGCGCAAACAAACCAGAAGAACCAGCUUUGAAGCAGUAUCACACCUCCUGACAGACUGAACACACACAAACACACACACACACACAGCAGGGAGGCUGCGAUGCUUGGCCAUGUCAGAGGAGAGCGGGGAACAUGAGGAAAAGAGUACUAACACCGUCAACUUUCACAACUAUGAAUUCUAUACUGCAAUCAUGGACCAAGACGUGGCACGGAUACAAGACAUGUCCAAAAAGUAUGGGAGCAACUUCCUCUUUGAGAUACAAGGCGGUGCACCGCGAGAAGUCUUCUGGAAGGGGCACCCUAGCCGUCCCCUUCAUCUGGCUGCCUCUUACAGGAGACUGAGGAGCAUGCAAAUCCUGCUGUCUGCAGGGGCAGACCCUGAGCUGAGGGACCAGCUCGGACAAACUGCUCUGCACCUGGUGAUCGCUGGAUGGCCAAGCAUCCUGGCCGCCGAGCAAAAUCCACCUUCAAAGUUCCAAACAGCUGUGAUGGGCAUGCGUCAGCAGGCAGAGGCAUGUCUACAGCUCCUCUGUGAGCGUGGCGUCAAUAUCAAUGCAGAGGUGGAGGGGAGUCGGCAGACAGCUCUCCACCUGUCAAUACGCCACAUGGCUCCUUCUGCUGUCCAAAUCCUGUCUAGUUAUGGCGCUGAUGUUAAUGCUGUGGACAGCAGUGGGAUGACACCACUGCACAUGGCUGCUGGGAUCCUCCAUAAGGACGUGAUGACCAGUCUGAUCCAGGAGGGAGCAGAUAUCAACAUGAGAGUGAGGCACUCUGGAAACACUCCUCUGCACCUGGCUGCCAUGGCGAUGGCGAUGAAGACCUCUAAAACCUUGGAGAACGACAUCAGCUGCAUCUCUGAGCUGCUGGGGCGCGGUGCUGAGGUCGACGCAAUGAACGAAGCCGGACUGACGCCUCUACAGGAGGCGUGCAGCGUUGGUAACGAGAAGCCGGUAGAGCUGUUGCUCAGGUACGGUGCCGACAUCAACAAGCUGAGCGGAGCGGGGGAGAACUGUCUGUUCCUGUUCCUGAACCACAAGCCCAAUGUCAAGAACAGCUCUUUGCUGCUCAAACUGCUCAGCCUCACCUCCCCGCUCACCGUCUACAACCAACAGGGCCUCCUGCCCUCCACUCUAUCGCUGCCUUGUUUCUACCAACAGAGAGAGCAGCUGCUGACACUAACUCAGCAGCCGAGGAGGCUGCAGGAUCUCUGCAAGAGACACAUUUAUCUAAAACACGUCGGAGGAAACGGAGAGGAGCUAAGAAAAGUCCUUCCUGAGAAGCUCUAUGACUUUGUGUUCAACCACUGGGAGGAUUUACACAUUCCCUUUGUGACCGAUUCUGAACAGGACUCUUUUCAUGAUUCAAUAGAUAUGACUCCCAUAUGACACCUGUGUGACAGUACAGACUGAGCAGGACUGUUUGCUGCAGAGAUAACCAAAUAAAAUCAUCAAAUAAAAGCAC